AUGUCAGACCUGAAACGAAUUAAGCUCGGAUCACAGGGUUUAGAGGUAUCAGCACUCGGACUUGGAUGUAUGCGCAUGUCUAGUGGCUAUGGCCCUACCAAACCAGAAGAAGAAGAGAUGAUCAAACUCAUCCACCACGCCAUUAACUCCGGCAUCACUCACCUUGAUACUUCCGAUUUCUACGGACCUCACGCCAACGAAAUCCUCAUCGGCAAUGCUUUGAAAGGAAUUGAGAGAGAGAAAGUUCAAUUGGCUACGAAAUUUGGGGUCAAAUUUGGGGGGAUUCGCGGUAAUGAGGAAAUCCAUGGGGAACCGGAGUACGUUAGGGCAUCUUGUGAAGCCAGCUUGAAGCGACUUGGUGUUGAUUACAUUGAUCUUUACUAUGUUCAUCGGAUCGAUACAAAAAUCCCUAUCGAAAUCACUAUGGAUGAACUCAAGAAACUGGUUGAAGAAGGUAAAAUCAAAUAUAUCGGUUUAUCUGAGGCCGGUCCCGAAACCAUCAGAAGAGCACACGCUGUUCACCCGAUAACAGCCGUACAAUUGGAGUGGUCGUUAUGGACUAGAGAUGCGGAAGAGGAGGUCAUUCCUACUUGCAGGGAACUAGGAAUCGGGAUUGUUCCUUACGGUCCUUUGGGUGGUGGGUUCUUGGCAUCAGGUCCGAAGUUGAUGGAUAAUAUGGCGGAUAACGACUUUAGAAAGAUUUUUCCGAGGUUACAAGGAGAGAACUUUGAGCACAAUAAGGUCGUAUGUGAGCGAGUUAACGAAAUGGCAGAGAAAAAGGGAUGCAUCCUACCGCAGUUGGCACUGGCUUGGGUCCUGCACCAAGGGGAUGACGUUGGUCCUAUCCCUGGUACAACCAAGGUCGAAAACCUGAACCAAAACCUUGGAGCCCUGACGGUUAAACUCACGGCUGAGGACAUGGUUGAGCUUGAAUCGGUUGCUUCCUUCAAGGGUCCUAGAAUGCCGGAACAGUUUUUGGUCCACAGUUACAAGAACUCUGACACUCCACCGUUGUCGUCGUGGAAAUCUGAAUAA